CGGCGGCGGCGGCGGCUGUGGAGGAGCGGGCCAUGGCUGUGGGUGGCGGGCCGGUGUAGCGCCGCGCGGGGCAGGCGGAGGCGACCGAGAGAAGCGGGGAUGGGGGCGCCGCAGGCGGAUGGUCGCGGUGGCCUGGGCUGCUGACUGCGUACCCGGAGCCAGAGUCGGAGUCGGCGGCGGCGGCGGCGGCGGCGGCGGAGCUCCGGGCAGUGUAUCUUCUAAUUUGAAAGUCUUCCAUGAAAACUUCAGUUUAAAAAAUAAGUAAUGACAUCAUCUGUCAUCUUAAAAGACUGAAAUGGGGGCUGUCAUUUUGAGGGCCCCAUGGUUAUGAAUGUGCUUCAAUAUCAUAAUGCCUCCUGCUAUGGCAGACAUCCUUGACAUCUGGGCAGUGGAUUCACAGUUAGCAUCUGAUGGCUCCAUACCUGUGGAUUUCCUUUUGCCCACUGGGAUAUAUAUUCAGUUGGAGGUUCCUCGGGAAGCUACCAUUUCCUAUAUUAAGCAGAUUUUAUGGAAACAAGUUCACAAUUAUCCAAUGUUUAACCUCCUUAUGGAAAUUGACUCCUAUAUGUUUGCAUGUGUGAAUCAAACUGCUGUAUAUGAGGAGCUUGAAGAUGAAACAAGAAGACUCUGUGAUGUCAGACCUUUUCUUCCAGUUCUCAAAUUAGUGACAAGAAGUUGUGACCCAGGGGAAAAAUUAGACUCAAAAAUUGGAGUCCUUAUAGGAAAAGGUCUACAUGAAUUUGAUGCACUGAAGGAUCCUGAAGUGAAUGAUUUCCGAAUAAAAAUGCGCAAAUUCAGUGAGGAAAAGAUUCAGUCACUUGUGGGAUUGUCUUGGAUGGAUUGGCUGAAGCAGACAUAUCCACCAGAACAUGAACCAUCGAUCCUUGAAAACUUAGAAGAUAAACUUUAUGGAGGAAAGCUCAUUGUGGCUGUUCAUUUUGAAAAUUGUCAGGACGUGUUUAGCUUUCAAAUAUCUCCUAAUAUGAAUCCUAUCAAAAUAAAUGAACUGGCAAUCCAAAAACGUUUGACUAUUCAUGGGAAAGAAGAUGAAGUUAGCCCCAAUGAUUAUGUGUUGCAAGUCAGUGGGAGAGUAGAAUAUGUAUUUGGUGAUCACCCACUAAUUCAAUUCCAGUAUAUCCGGAACUGUGUAAUGAACAGGACUUUGCCCCAUUUUAUGCUUGUGGAAUGUUGCAAGAUUAAGAAGAUGUAUGAACAGGAAAUGAUUGCCAUAGAGGCUGCCAUAAAUCGAAAUGCAUCAAACUUUCCUCUUCCUUUACCCCCAAAGAAAAUGCGAAUUAUUUCUCAUGUUUGGGAAAAUAACAAUCCUUUCCAAAUUGUCUUGGUUAAGGGAAAUAAACUUAACACAGAAGAAAGUGUAAAAGUUCAUGUCAGGGCUGGCCUUUUUCAUGGUACUGAACUCCUCUGUAAAACCAUCGUAAGCUCAGAGAUAUCAGGGAAAAAUGAUCACAUUUGGAAUGAACCACUGGAAUUUGAUAUAAAUACUUGUGACCUGCCACGAAUGGCUCGAUUAUGUUUUGCUGUUUAUGCAGUUUUGGAUAAAGUGAAAACAAAAAAGUCAACUAAAAAUAUUAAUCCCUGUAAAUAUCAGACCAUCCGGAAAUCUGGGAAAGUGCAUUAUCCUGUGGCAUGGGUAAAUACGAUGGUUUUUGACUUUAAAGGACAGUUGAGAUCUGGAGACAUAAUAUUGCACAGCUGGUCUUCAUUUCCUGAUGAACUUGAAGAAAUGUUGAAUCCAAUGGGAACUGUUCAAACAAAUCCAUAUACUGAAAAUGCAACAGCUUUGCAUAUCAAAUUCCCAGAGAAUAAAAAACAACCUUAUUAUUAUCCUCCCUUUGAUAAGAUAAUCGAGAAGGCAGCUGAGAUUGCAAGCAGUGACAGCGCUAAUGUAUCAAGUCGAGGUGGAAAAAAGUUUCUUGCUGUACUGAAAGAAAUCUUGGACAGGGAUCCUUUGUCUCAACUUUGUGAGAAUGAAAUGGAUCUUAUAUGGACUUUGAGACAAGAUUGCAGAGAGAAUUUUCCACAGUCACUGCCAAAAUUACUGCUGUCGAUCAAGUGGAAUAAGCUUGAGGAUGUUGCUCAGCUUCAGGCACUACUUCAGAUUUGGCCUAAACUGCCCCCCCGGGAGGCCUUAGAGCUUCUAGAUUUCAACUAUCCAGAUCAGUACGUGCGAGAAUAUGCUGUGGGCUGCCUGCGACAGAUGAGUGAUGAAGAACUCUCUCAGUAUCUUUUACAACUGGUGCAAGUUUUAAAAUAUGAGCCUUUUCUUGAUUGUGCCCUGUCUAGAUUCCUAUUAGAAAGAGCACUUGCUAAUCGGAGGAUAGGGCAGUUUCUAUUUUGGCACCUUAGGUCAGAAGUGCAUAUCCCUGCUGUCUCAAUACAGUUUGGUGUCAUCCUUGAAGCAUACUGCCGGGGAAGCGUAGGGCACAUGAAAGUGCUUUCCAAGCAGGUUGAAGCACUCAAUAAGUUAAAAACUUUAAAUAGUUUAAUCAAACUGAAUGCAGUGAAGCUAAACAAAGCCAAAGGGAAGGAGGCCAUGCAUACUUGUUUAAAACAGAAUGCUUACCGGGAAGCCCUCUCUGACCUGCAGUCGCCUCUGAAUCCAUGUGUUAUACUUUCAGAACUCUAUGUUGAAAAGUGUAAAUACAUGGAUUCCAAAAUGAAGCCUUUGUGGCUCGUGUACAACAACAAAGUGUUUGGUGAGGAUUCAGUUGGAGUGAUUUUUAAAAAUGGUGAUGAUUUACGACAAGAUAUGUUGACACUCCAGAUGCUGCGCUUGAUGGAUUUACUUUGGAAAGAAGCUGGUCUGGAUCUUCGGAUGCUGCCUUAUGGCUGUUUAGCGACAGGUGACCGCUCUGGCCUCAUUGAAGUUGUGAGCACCUCUGAAACAAUUGCUGACAUUCAGCUGAACAGUAGCAAUGUGGCUGCCGCAGCAGCCUUCAACAAAGAUGCCCUUCUGAACUGGCUUAAAGAAUACAAUUCUGGGGAUGACUUAGACCGAGCCAUUGAAGAGUUUACCUUGUCCUGUGCCGGCUACUGUGUAGCUUCUUAUGUCCUUGGGAUUGGUGAUAGACAUAGUGACAACAUCAUGGUCAAAAAAACUGGCCAGCUCUUCCACAUUGACUUUGGACAUAUUCUUGGAAAUUUCAAGUCUAAAUUUGGCAUUAAAAGGGAACGGGUGCCUUUUAUUCUUACCUAUGAUUUCAUUCAUGUGAUUCAACAAGGAAAAACAGGAAACACAGAAAAGUUUGGCCGCUUCCGCCAGUGUUGUGAGGAUGCAUAUCUGAUAUUACGACGGCACGGGAAUCUCUUCAUCACCCUUUUUGCACUGAUGUUGACUGCAGGGCUUCCUGAGCUCACAUCAGUCAAGGAUAUACAGUAUCUUAAGGACUCUCUUGCCUUAGGGAAGAGUGAAGAAGAAGCACUCAAGCAAUUUAAGCAAAAAUUUGAUGAGGCACUCAGGGAAAGCUGGACUACUAAAGUGAACUGGAUGGCGCACACAGUUCGGAAAGACUACAGAUCUUAAUGAUCAGCCUUUGCUCCUAAUGUAUUUGUUGGUUUGUUUAGUUUUCAUUUUGCACUUGCACUAAAUUGAACAUGACCCUGCCAGAGAUGUUAUAAAGGGAAUGAAAUCCUGGAACUUAGUUAAAUUAAGAACAAGGCAUCCCACACAUCCUAAUCUGAACAAUCCCUGAUGACCACCCUCUGCUUUAUUGAAUGCUUCCAAGAUUCAUCAUGAAAACUCCCACCAUUAUGGAUAAUCAUUUCCUGCUGACUUUGCACGCCGAAGAAUGCUACUAGAGAUUGUUUUCUGUCUUAUUCUUUUUUGAAGUGUUUGGUACUUUUCCAGAAAGGUGUAAAUACUUCUUUUUGUAUUGUGACCAAGUGUUAUCACUCAACCAACUUAUCCACACCUGGGGACUGGUAGUUGUUCUUACUUUCCAAAUGAGGCUUAAAAGAAAGGCAUCUUUCUUCCCUUUUUAAAUUAUAUAAACUACAAAUUAUAACAUAAUUUGAAAUUAUUAUUAUUUUUCAAAAGAAAUCUUUAAACUUGUGGAAAGAUUAAUUCUUUUGUUGAUAUUUAUCUACCAUGACAGCAUCAUUCCUAUCAGACUUGGUGAAAAUCUGCUCGUGAGGCAAAUAUUAUAUAUAUGCUGCAUAUAUAUUUAUAAAAUUUCAAGUGGGGAGUUCUAUAUAAAAAGACAUUUCUCUUUUUUUUCCUGUCGUGUUUUAAAGUUUUAAAAAAGCAGAGCUUUUUCCUAAGUUUUUAGUUAACUAUGAGAUCCAGUUCUUCCAGUUGCUUCUGUAAUGAGGCACAUAGUAAUUUCAGUUUUUACAUGGUAUCUAUGAAACAGUUCACUUCAUAGAGCAUAAUACUUGAGCAAAUGCAUCCAAGACAGAAAGCAAGUGAAAGGAAACUGUUUAUGGAAUCAUCUCCAGACCUAAAAUUCAGUAUUUUAGUAAAAUGCCAGCUGUUCUUACUGUAUUUAUUAAAACUUAUAAUAAUGUGAUUUUUCAAGGAUAUUAGUUCAAAUUGAAAUGGUUAUAUGCCACAUGGAAUUCUUUAAUUUAUUUGUUGAGGUACCAUACACUUAGGGUGCUAGAUGGCAAAUAAUGUUAAUAUGUGCAAUAAGAACUACUGGUUUGAAUGUGUAAAUGGAUGCUCUUUCUGAGUACUGGCAAUAUCCAGCAAAACUACUGCUUUUUCUCCAAAGAUUUUUGGGAACUCUCAAUCCUCGGUGACAUGAGAGAGAGAACUGAGAACCCUGUGACUGAGUUUUCUAUAGGAAUUUUAUUAAAGAUUGUUUAAUUUUGUUGUUCUCCUUCAUGUUCACAGUCAAAUAAAUGGGUGAGCUGGUUUCAGCUGCUCUUGGGACGUGUGGGCUGCUUCUUUAUGGACAGCACAGGCCUUUAGAUCUUGGCACUGGGACUCUAGGAAAAGUCAGUAAACAAAUUAAUUUGAGAAGUAGGCUGAGGCUCAUGGUCUAUUCUCUGACUUCUCUCUGCUUCCUAGCCCCAGCAGGAAGUGUGGGAGGCCUCUUGGACUUUUCAUAGGAGCCUGAAGCUCAUCAAAUUUUCAUCUUUGUACCCUGAGGUGGAGGAGAAUGCCCAUUUAGUGACUAAGUAUUGAGCCAGACUAGCCACUUUGUGGCCCUCUUCCAUGGAGCAGAUAUUCAGAACAAGUCAUAGUUUCUUAGAAAUAAGUUUUAGGUAAGGAUAGAGAUUGACCUCUGAACUGACCAUUCCCAGGGCUGGUCCAGACUCAGUGAGAAUUCCAGGAAUAGGAUUGUGAAAGGAUAGGUUUGUUAAGGAUCUUUAUCUGGUAGUGAUCUACUUUCACAUGCACUAGCUCUCACAGGCCAGGGGGCUUGGAGACUGGCAAACUUUGUCAGCUGGAAGUGGGUACCAGUGUUUCUAGAGGAGUCUCCUCAGUCCAUAGGGAGCCUUGGUAAAUAUAUGUAAAAAUAUGCCAAAUCAAUAAAUGUGAGGUCAGGAGUAAGAAAGGAAAGGCUUAAGCCCAGGAUGGCUCUGGACUCCUCUCCACCCUCUCUGCCAUAAGCCCCUCAAAGAUAGCCAGGACAAUGUGACAUAGUAGCCCUCUGUAGCUGUUAACCGCUCCUAACAGGUGCUCCCCACAUACUUCCUGAAUUGCACAUUUCUGAUUCUCUUCUCAGCAAGAGAAGAGGAGGUAGCAGGCAGAGGACAGCUAACUUUAGAGGUCUGGGCUCCAGGAUGAGCUUGUUGCAGGGGAACUGGUUAUCCAGUACCUUGGCUCUUAAGUGCUCUGGUCAGCAAUAAACCUUAGCCCAAAACACUUCUAGUUUGUAAAAUGGGACUAGUAAAAUAACUACCCUAGUCACUUCUAUGUGGUGGUGAGAGGCUAGGUUACAACCAUGAAUGGGGGACAUAGGCCGAGUCCCAAUUCAGAGGCAAACAUUUCUCUCCCUGCUUCUUCCACUUGAAGACCACUAAAGGGAGGAAUCUUCGGGAAGGAAAGCCCCUUCCAGAGCUCUCCCCCUACCUCCUAUCUGAGGAGGCCCCUCCAGUAUCUUCUCAGUUCUACCUUGCAGCCCAUAGCCCUAUUAGCACCAGAACAGUCAGGCAGCCUGUAAUGCAGAGGUCACUUGUCUGCAGGAGCUAAAAGACUGGUCCAUGGGGUGGAGAGCAGAGAGGGACCAUGCCACAGAACCCUGACUGUUGGGAAUGGGCAGCUUUUAAAAAGGAGGGGGUAAGGGUUGAGGUUUCUUGAAGCAGAGGGCCCUGAGCUGAGUCUUCAAGGAUAGAAUUUAGGUGAAGGGGUGAUAAGUAAGACUGAGCAGGAAGGUACAGCAUGUUAUAAUAAAGGCUGGGAGGGGAGGAAAAACGGGAUUCAUGGGCACUAACAGGCUCAACAGUUGUUUCUUUGCCUCUGCCUCUUCCCCUCCUCCACUCCAGAGUGCUGCACUUCUCAGGGAUCCAGACAGUAAACCUCAGUCAUAUCACGCUGGAGCCUCUUCCUCUUUCACUAUCUGUGGCAGUUUUAUCCCCUUCUCUGAUGAUGGAAAACGUGUCUGACAUCACCUUCUAGGUUAUUCCUGCUCUAAAAUGUAUAACUAAGGGGUUUUUGGAACUCAGGAUUCCUUUCCACUUUUAGUAAAGCCCAGGUUCAACACUCAGAAAAGUCUGCCCUUUCAAACUCCCAACGUUUCUUUUUUAUUGUGAGAAAUGGCACAUAGAGUAAUGUAUACAAAACGAUAAGGCAUAUAAAUUUAAGGCUUAGCAAAUAUUAUAGAACAGACACCCAGAUAACCAUUGCAUAGGUCGAGAAAGGACAUUGCCAACACUUAAGAAGCCAUGCCAGCUCCCCUUCCUGGUCAGGACUUACUUCUCUCUGCCAAGGUAAUCACCACCUCUUCUUCGUUGGCAAUCAUCUCAUUUCCUUACUUUACAGUUAUGCUGCCUCCUUUUUUGGGUCAGGCUUCUUUUGCUCUACAUUAUGUCUUUAAGAUUCAGCCAUGAGGUAGCAUAUUUUUUAUCAUCGCCUCAUAAUAUUCCAUCUUAGUGGAUAUCCUAUAAUUUAUACAUCUUUUCUACUGUUGGGACACAUACAGGUAGUUACUAGUUUGAGGCUAUUACAAAUAAAUAAUGCUGCUAUGAUGAUUAUAAUUUAUCUGCUGAUUCACAGAUGUAUAUAUUUCUUUGGAUGUAUAUACUUAAGAUUAAAAUAGUUGGUCAUAGGAUUGUGCAUAUCUUUAUUUUGACUAAGUAAUGCUAAAAUAAGUGGUUGUGCCAACUUGCUCUUCCUGCAGUACUUAAUUCUUGUCACUCCAUAUUCUCACCAGUACCCAGUUAUCCAGCAUUUAAAAAAUUUUAGCUAUUCUGAUGUGUGAGGUGAAAAAAAUUUGCAUUCUUUGCUUAGUAAUGAGAUUAAAUUGCUCUUUCAUAUUUUUGUUCAUUUUAGUUUCCUCCUUUGUGAAAUGCCUGCUUAAAUCCUUUGUCCAUUUAUUUAUUUGGAUACCUGCUGUUUGUUUGUUUGUGUUGUUUUUUUUUUUUCCUUCUGAGGAGUAUUUUGUUUUUAGUAAUUGCCUUUUGGUUUUUGUUAGGUGAAAUUCUGUAUGUAUUUGUGUACAAGCCUUUUGUCAGUUACAUGUUGAAAAUAUCUCUUCCACUCAGUGUUUGUGACUUUCUUAUUCUAUUAAUGUUUCUUCUCAUAACACACAAUCUUAAUUUUAAUGUAAAAUUUGUCAUUAUUUUCCUUUAUGGUUAAUAUACAUUGUGUAGUAUUUAAGAUAUUUUUUUCUUGCCCUAAUGUCAUGAAGAUACUCUCCUGGAUUAUACUCUAAAAGCUUUAAAAAAAAAAAAAACAAGUAUUCCAUUUAGAUCUAUAAUGUACCUGGAAUUGCUUUUUAUAAAUAUUGGGAAGUGCUUUUUCCUAAAUGGACACCAAGUUGUCCUAGUAUCUUUUAUUGGGAGCCUUUCCCCACUGUUCUAUAAAUCCACCUUUGUCACAAACCAAGUGUCCCUAUAUGCAGGAGUCUGCCUCUGGACUCUAGAAGAUAGCCAGUAGAUUUCACCUCCCUAUUUCUGUAUUUUAAGCGUAUUUAUCAAAUUCAUACAGAACAGUUAAUGUGUAAUAGGCAUGCAUCUAAACUGUAGAUAUUGAAUGCAUACCAAUCUUACAUAAAGGUAGGUGCAAGUGACCUUCCCCACAUUACGGAUGAGAAACCAGGCUUAGAAGUUCAAGUAAUUUGUCCAUAGUCACAAAGUAAAAGCCAGCAUUCAGACUCAGGGAAUCUGUCUUAAGUGUUCAUGUUCUUUCCUCACAAUUAUCAACAAUGCCUCGAUACACAUUUCAGAAUCUGCUUAUUGAGUUCCACCAAAAGAAACCUGUGGAAAUUUUGAGUGAAAUUGCGUUUAUAGAUUAGGUUGAAGUAAAUUCAUAUCUUAAGAAUAUUGACAAUUCCAGUCUAUGACAAUGGAAUAUCCUUUAUUUAGAUCCUCUUUAUGUGCACAAUGAUUUGUAGUUUUCUAUGUAGAAUCUUUGUAUAUCUUUUGUUAGAUUUCUGGAUAAGUGAUUUUAAGCUUCAUUGUUGGUAAGCUAUAGCAGUGGUUUUCCAAGUAUGGUCCCCUGAGUAGGAAUAUUAGCAUCUCUUGGGAACUACUUAGAACUACAAAUUCUUAAAGAACUCCCCUCCCCUCUGCAAGACCUACUGAAUCAACCACUAGAGAUGGAAUCCAGCAACCUUUAUUUUAAUAAACUUUUUACCAAGCUUCAGAGCAAUUGAUAGAAAUAGAGUUGAUGUUUGUGUUUAGCAGAUACACUAAAUUCUUAUCACUCCUAUUAUAGAACUUAUUUUGAUUCUGCAUAUAUGAUCCACAAAUAGAGUUUUAUUUCUUCCCUUCCAUUACUUUCAACAUUUUAUUUCUUUUUUUUUUUUUUUUGACCUUCUGUCCUGUUUAGGAAUUGCAACAAAAUGUUGAAUAGAAGAAUACUAAAUCUUUUACUGAUGUCAAAGGGAAAGUUUUUGAUAUUAACUAUGGUAUAUGUUCUGGAAUCUGGAGGUUUUUUUACCAGAUUAAGGAAGCAUGUUUCAAUUCUCAAGGGAUUUUUUUAUAUAUAUAAUCAUGAAAGGAUGCUGAGUUUUUCAAAUUAUUUUUCUGCAUUUUACUAAGAUGUUUCUCAUUCGGGAAGUUCUGUCAAUUGAUGUUCAAACUUUAAACCAAAGUUUACAUUCCUGAAAUGAGCCCAACUUGAUUGUGAUGUAUUUUAAUAUAUUGCAAGACUUGACUUGCCAAUAUUUCAUUUGGGAUUUUUGCAUCUAUUCUUAUCAAUGGAACUGGCCCAUAAGUUCCUUGAAAGAAACAGAUCAGGAUUUGUUACCAAGAUUUUGUGGCCUUAUAACACAGGUAAGAUUGGCAUUAUUUCUUACUUUAAAAUCUGAUAGAAUUUUGCCAGUGACAUGAUAUCGAUAUUCCUUUGAGGUAUGGAUUUCAUUAAUAGCUAGAGGAAUAUUCAGAUAUUUUUAUCUUAUUGUGUCCAUUUUAAAGAGUUGUAAUUUCUAGGAAUGUGUCUAUUCUAGGUUUUAAAUUUUAUUUAUAUAAGGUAACUGAUAUGUUGCAGGGUUUAGAUAGAUGUCCUCUUUUCAUUUUUGUUAUUGGGCUAGUGCCUUCUGUUUCUUAGUCUCACUAGAGGUUUUUCAAUUUUAUUAAUCUUUACAAAGAAUUAACUUUUUGAUUCCUAAAAUUCUCUGUUUGUUUUCUACAUUCCUUUCAUCCCUCUUAUUUCCUUCCUUCUACUUCAUCUGGUCUUACUUUCCCUUCUCCAGUUUAGUAAGAUGGUUAGUUAGCUGAUCGAUUUUAGCCUUUAUAAUAACAAUCUUUAUCUGCAUCCCAUAAAUUUUGAGAUGAAGUCUUUUCAUCACCAUUCAGUAAAAUGUAUGUUCUGAUCUCCAUUUUUCUUUCUGUGUGACUUAAUGAUUAUUUAGAAAUACAUUUAUUUCCAAAUACAUGUGGAUUUUCUCAUUACCACUUUGUUGAUUUUUAGAUUGAUUGCAUGGCAUUCAGAGAACAUAUCUGUCAUUUCAAUUGUUCAAAUUUGUGAGGCUUGCUUUUAUGACUCACAAUAUGGUCAAUUUGUUCAGUAUGCAUGAGAAAAAAUCCAUAUACUGCAGUUAUUAAGUGUCCUACAUACAUUCAUUAGAUCAAUUCUGUUGUUUACAUUUAUAUAUAUAUUGAGUAUUUAUGAGAUAAGUUAGAAUAUCCCACUAUGAUUUUGAAUUUGCAUAUUCUGGUUAUAUCAGUUUUUAUAAUUUGAGGCAAUAUUAGUUGCUUAUAAAUUCAGAGUUGAUUUGUAUCCCUGGUGAAUUGAACCAUUUAAAACAAAUUUUUAAAGUGUCCUCUGUGUUUCUGGCAAUGCUUUUUGCUUUGAUGUGUGCCAGCUUUCAUUUGGCUAGUGGUUGCAUGGUGUGCUUUUUUCUUUAAACCUUUUAUAAACCUUAUAAAUGUCUCUCUUGUAAAUAGCA